UACGAGGGCCAGAUCGCCCACGUCGAGACCGUGCCCGCGCGGGCCGCGACCUUUGGGGCGCUGCAGUCCAAGCUGCCCGCGGCGCUCGCGGCCGCGACGGCGGGCCGCCGGCUCUGGUCGCACCAGGCCCUCGCCGUCGACGCGGCCCUCGGCGGCCACCACGUCAUGCUCGCGACGGGCACGGCGUCGGGCAAGAGCCUCGCCUUCACGCUGCCCGCCGUCGCGGCGGCGCUCGAGCGGCGGGAGCGGUCGCUUUUUCUGUUCCCGACCAAGGCGCUCGCGCAGGACCAGGUGGCGUCGCUCCGGGAAUUGCUGGAGCCCCUGGGCCUGGCCUGCGCGACGCUCGACGGCGACACGCCCCGCGACGACCGCGCGACCAUCGCGGCGGCGCCGCCGGCCGUCGUCGUCACGAACCCGGACAUGAUCCACGCGACGCUGCUCCCGGGCGCCGGCGGCGAGUGGCGCAGACUCCUCGAGGACGUGACGUCCGUCGUCGUCGACGAGGCCCACGUCUACGUCGGCGCCUUCGGCACGCACGUCGCCGCCGUGCUCCGGCGCCUGAGCCGCGCACUCGGCGGCGCCGCGCGCUUCUUCUGCUGCUCGGCGACGAUCGCGAACCCGCGCGAGCACGCCGCGCGGCUGCUGCCGCCCGGCGGCGGCCGCGACAUCGUCGUCGUCGACGGCGACGGGUCGCCGCGCGGCGCGAAGCAGGUCAUCGUCUGGAACCCGCCCCACAAGCCCCGCGCGGACGCGGCGGCGGCGAAGCGGCCGCGGACGUCGCGGGACGCGUGGCGCCUCUUCGCCGCCCUCGUCGAAGGCGGGACGCGGACGCUCGCCUUCGGGCGCACGCGGAAGCUCGUCGAGCUCGUGCUCGGCUACGCGAAGGAGCGGCUCGAGGCGGGCCGCGCGCCGGAGCUCGCGGCCCGCGUCGCGGCGUACCGCGGCGGCUACCGCAAGGAGGACCGGCGCCGCAUUGAGCGGGGCCUCUUCGGCGGGGGGUUGGCGGGCGUCGUCGCGACGAACGCGCUGGAGCUCGGCGUCGACGUCGGCGACCUGGACGCGACGGUGCACCUGGGCCACCCGGGGUCCAUCGCGUCGCUGUGGCAGCAGGCGGGCCGCGCGGGGCGCGACGCAAAUUCGACGAGCGCGGCCAUCGUCGUCUGCUGGGACAGCCCCAUCGACCAGCACUUUGCGCGGUGCGGCGGCGACCUGCUCAAGCGGCCAAUGGAGCCCGCGGCGCUCCAGGUCGCCAACGAGAGCGUGCUCGCGGAUCAGCUUGUCUGCGCCGCCGCCGAGGCGCCCCUCGAGGCGCGCGACCGGCCCUUCUUCGCCCUGGCCUGCGGCUGCGGCGGCGGCGACUGCGGCGCGUACGACCGCGCGCUGACGAUGCGCAAGGCCGACCGCUCGCUGCGCGAGGCCCCCGGCGGCGGCUGGGCGGCGGCGCCCCACGCGGCGGACCACGCGCGGGCCGUGUCGCUGCGCGUCGUCGACCCCGUGACCUUUUCCGUAAAGUGCGGCGGCGCCGUCGUCGACGAGGUGCCCUACUCGCGCGCGUUCUACGAGCUCUACGAGGGCGCCGUCUACCUGAUCCAGGCCGCGCCCUACCUCGUCACGCGCCUCGACGUCAUGACCCACGAGGCGACGGUGAAGCGUUUAGGCGCCUGCGACUACAUCACGUCGUCGUCGCGGAACCACACGGACGUCGACCCGGAGAAGGUGCUGCGAUCGAACCGCGAGGUCCGCACGGGCGUCGUCCACGUGAGCUCCAAGGUCUGGGGCUACCGCAAGGUCUGCAAGAAGACGCUCCGGAUCCUGAGCAUGCACGAGUUCUCGCUGCCGAAUCUCGAGUUCACGACGCGCGCGACGCGCGCGCUCGACGCGAUCGCCGCGCGGCGCCUCGACGCGCGCGCGGGGCUCCACGCGCUCAACCACGCGCUCCUCGCGCUCGCGCCCCUCUUCGUGCUCUGCGACCCCGGCGACGUCGCCACGGAGCACGUCUACCCGUUCCAGACGCGGCCGCGGCCGUUCCGCGCGAUCGUCUACGACGCGCGGCCGGGCGGCCUCGGCGUCGCGGAGGAGCUCUACCACCGCAUGGGCGCGCUCCUGCGCGAGGCGCGGACCCUGCUCGCGUGCCCCUGCGGCCUCGCGACGGGCUGCCCCGCGUGCCUC